CUUAGCUUCUCGAAAAAUUGGCAAGGAAAUUAAAUCAUGUAUUUCUCAUACAAAAUUAUAUUCUUAUUUUUCCUAUGCACUUGGGGUGCAAAAGCUGAGGACCCUUUAGGGCGAUUCUGCAAUGAAAACACCAUCAUUGGCAGUGGAGGAAAAUUAUCAGCCAAUAUUGAUAAAAUAUUGACUGAAAUAGCCCUCAAAACUCCCUCCACUGGUUUUGUUGCCACCACAUAUGGCAAAGACCAAGACAAAGUGUACGCACUCGCUCAAUGUAGGGGAGAUGUUAGCACCCAGGAUUGCUCCAAUUGCAUCCAAGAUGCAACGAAACAAAUCCGCCAACGCUGUCCAAACCAAGUGGAUGGGAGAAUUUGGUAUGAUUACUGCUUUUUAAGGUAUAGUAACAAGAGUUUCUUUGGUGAGGUUGAUACAUCUUUUGGUAUAUUCUAUUUCAAUGUUGAAAAUGUGACUGACCCUGAAGAUUUUAACAAAGAGCUUGGGGCUCUUAUGGAUCACAUUAGAGCACAAGCAGUGGUGCCUAGAGAGGAAGGGCUUGGGAAGGGAAAAUCUGUGCUGUCCCCAUUUGUGACACUUUAUGCGUUAGUGCAGUGCACUAGGGACCUGUCUGAGAUAUCCUGUGCUCAGUGUUUGUCUAUUGCAGUGAACAACUUUCCCAAUUUUUGCAGCAAUCGUAAAGGAUGUAGAGUACUGUACAGUUCUUGCUAUGUUCGAUAUGAACUCUACCCUUUUUUCUUCCCUCUUGAUUCUAACAAAACAGGACCUUCCAAUACUGCAAAAGUCAGCGUUUAUACUUAAUUAAAAGCUAUGCUGCCAUAUAUGCCAAAAAUGGCAUUCUUGCUCAAUGCUUGGAUGGUUUCAAAUUAUACUCUUUUGGGAACUAUUGCUAUCUCCCCUUGAACAUAGAAGUUGCAUUUGAAAAAACUUUGCAACUAAAAAUAAAAGAGAAAAAUACGUCAACGAAUAAGAAGACUUUGUCUCAGUGAUUAGUAUUAAUCAACGUUGCUAUUAUGUCUGCAGACAUGUGCAUCUUUUCCGUUUUCCCUGUAAGUGUGACACGUUUUCUUUAGAAACGUACGAAAUAUGGAUCCUGUGAUGGGUAGUGUACUUCUAAUCCUUUGUUGGAGUAUUUGUUUUUUAGCAGUAAUUUUACAGGUAUGUAUGAUUUUGGUAAUGUAUUGAAUUUGCAGCAAAUAAUGUAAUGUGGGAGGUAAAGAUUGUAAUUCAAUUAAGUUGGCAAAUUGAAUUGCUAGCUGAAAUAUAAACUAUAUGAUUAAGAACAAGAAAGCAUAUA